CUCGCAUUCUCUAUUCUCUGAGCAGGCACCUUGUAUUGUAUUCCGGUUAGGAGAGGGAAUAAAAAUACAGAGAGAGAGAGAGAGAAAGAGAGUAAAAUAUAUUCUUCCCCGGACCGGAGUUUUCUUGAAUAAGUUUUUGUUGUGGAUUUUUCCGAUUGAUUAUUGUGGGAAUAUAUCAUCAUCGUACUAGUACAUCGUCCGAACCUACUGAACAGAGCUUUGGUAUCAGUUUCCGUUCCCUUUUUGUGUCUGAGUUUGCCCAGAAUAGCAUAGAUACAUAGAUUGACUGAUUUAUUUAUUAUCUAGGUGAAUAAAAUUUAGGCGGGCGGGCUUCCGUAAAAAAGAAUCAAUCUUGGGAUCAAACUCCGUUCGAUUUCCGAUCAUCCGGAGAGGGUAUCAUGGUGGCGGCCAUGGAUUGCCCCAAGGAGUUCAAAUUGAGGAGGGAUCGAAUUGCUGAGAUGCUCUUCACGUGCAAAGCCACGAGGUGCUCCGGCUGCAACAACGUUGAAUUGGCUUUGCCCAACGAGGACGAGGUCAAAGAGAAGCGUAAGAACACUGGGUUCGCCCGGGAAUUCGAGAAUGGUGUGAGUAAAGAGAGCAAAACCUGUGACAGCCGAGAUGAUCGUGCGGAGAUGAAUGUGAAGCAGGUCAGCAAUUACAGCUAUGGUGAUGCUGAGGCAUUGACUGAUGAGAUUGAGGAAGAGUCUUUGACUGUCCGGGAGGUCUUGAGGAUCAAGGGGAUUCUCGAUAACUACGAAGAAGAGUCUGAUUCUAUAUUGUUUGAUUCCCUGAGGAGGCUUCAAUUGAUGGAUUUGUCUGUGGAGACACUCAAGGCCACAGAGAUUGGGAAAUCUGUAAAUGGUCUACGAAAACAUGGAUCUAAACAGAUUAAGCAUCUUGUCCGGACAUUGAUUGAGGAUUGGAAGGUCAUGGUAGAUGAGUGGGUCCAAGCUACAGCAGCCAUUACAGAAAGCACCCCAGAGUCUGUAAAAGCAUCGGUGGUUGAAGAUGAGGAGGAAGAGGAGGAGGAGGAGGGACUUCCUUCGCCACCCUUGGAUGAGGGAGCUUUCUUUACGACUGCUUCAAUGGAGUUAUCACAGUUCUUUGAUGGCAUGGACUUUGAUGGAAAUCCUCGAAACAGUGGGGAAUUCAACAAGAACCAUGAAAAUGGCAGAAAGCCCUCGGUGGAGAACCAUAAUGUUCCUGUUAGGAAACCACAAUUUAAUGAAAGGCCAAAUGUUGCUCCCAGAAACAUUAAGAACGAACCACCAAAGAAGCAAGAAGUCGUAAUGAAGAAACAGGAAACCGACUCUAAGCUAAAUAAGCCUUCUGCUGGCGACUUUGGGCCAGGAAGACCAACAAGACCAGCUGUCGAGCAAAAGUUCCAGCAGAAACCAGAUAAAAGCAAGCUUCAGAAGAGGCCGGUUGUUUCCAACCAAAAUAAGUUAAAGACUUCAGAUGAGGAUUCAGUUCAAGUGAAACUGGAAGCGGCAAAGAGGAAACUACAGGAACGCUACCAAGAAGCUGCAAAUGCCAAGAAGCAGCGAACAAUACAGGUUAUGGAAUUGCAAGACAUCCCGAAGCAAGGUCAAGUCCAUAAAAAUCCACACGGAAGACCUGGCAACAACAGGCAUUGGGCAAACGGGCGUCGAUGAGUGUCUGACAAUGUUGCCAUAUCGCCACAAAGUUGUUCGACCUUCAAUUCAUUGAAGAAGAGAGAGAUAACUCCUCUCCAUACCAUAUAUGCUAUACUCUCUCUUUGGAGGAUCUCAUCUAACUCGUCUCAUAGAGAGGCCGCUCUAAAAACCAGAGUGGCAUGUUUUUCGGAACCAUAGUCACUACUCUCAUUGUUACCAUCUAUUCAUGUAUAGUGUUUUCUGAACAAAGGAGAGCAUGGUACAUGUUUUGUAACCCUCUCUUGCCCUAAGUGUCAUUUUGCUGACUUUCUCAUAAAUUGACCUUAAAUGGGCAAAUGACCAAUGUUUUUACAGAGCACUUCUUGAACUGAACCCUCAUCCAAAUGCAAUAGAAAAGUUGGUCAAUUCUGCUUUUGUUACCCAUUCAAGAAUUGGCUGAUAAUCAUGUGAUUAGC